CUCCCGCCACGAGACUCUUCCUUAUUCUUUCUGCUGACAACAACCCUACUUAUAUCUACCAUCUGCACAGGACGGACUGUAAGCAAGCACAGAAGGCACCGACUGUCGUUUGUCAGUAACCGAUCUGGUUUUGCGCGAUCAGGUUCGGUACCGGACUGUGACCUAUAGACUAUUAGGGACGAAGAGGGGUGUUUUUAACAGUGUGUGUGUGUGUGUGUGUGUGUGUGUAUCUGUGACCGUGUGUACAUUUCAGAGUCUGAGUGGUUGAAUGGAUUCUUGGUAUGUAGGAUCAUCCAUCUAAUAUGGUGACUAGUUAGAACUAACAGACUUACAGACAGACAGACCAUCUGCACACACGCCACCAUGCCAGUGUUCCAUGGGUUGCUGAAGGUGCGUGUGUGUGAGGCGGUGGAUUUGAAGCCCACCCCCUGGGCACUCCGCCAUGCAGGGGGGAAGAACUCAUCCUCAUUCCUCCUGGACCCCUACCUCACCCUCAACCUGGACCAGACCCACCUGGGACAGACCUGCACCAAGAACAGGACCAACUCCCCGGCAUGGAACCAUGACUUUACAGCCCAGAUGACGGGGGGGAGGAAAUUGGAGAUGUCAGUGUUCCAUGAUGCACCAAUCGGAUAUGACGACUUUGUGGCUAACUGCACCAUACAGCUGGAGGACAUUCUGCAGAACAGCAGCACACACUACCAGGCCUGGGUUGAUUUAGAACCAGAGGGGAAGGUCUAUGUAAUUAUCGAUUUGUCAGAAACUUCACUGAAGCCUCAGCUGCCAAUGAGAAUGAAGGAGCGUGUGUUCCGAGAGCGGAUUGGUCCUCGGCGGCGGCAGGGGGGCCGUCCGGAGGCGUGUUCCACCAGGUUAACGGACACAAGUUCAUGGCCACGUAUCUACGGCAAACCUACCUACUGCUCACACUGCCGAGACUUUAUCUUGUGUGCACGUGUCGUGGUCCACAGCGCUGCCAUGAGAUAUCAUCACCAACUGUUUGCCGGGAUGAAGAAGCAGGAGGAUACACCCGAGGGAG